AUGGGAAAGGCAUUAAAGAAAGUACCAAAUGAAUUCGAUACCAACCACGAAAAGUUAAUGGCAGAUGGCAUAGGAGAAGAAGAUUACUUCAAGAAGAAUGAAUACAAUAACACUAUGAUUAAAAUCGAAGAGGCAAUCAAUGCAUUAAAGAUGAGCAUUUUAAAAGAUAAGCCUCUAGUCGAAUUUGAUCGGCAAAUUGAAACAGUUCAAAUACGAUGCACUAAUCCAGAUCAAAAAACUUCCAUAUUCAUGAGGAAAAUUGAAAACCUCAGAAGAAAAAUGGAAGAUCUAAGCAUGGAACUAACGAUUGACAACGAUCAAAUAAAAGGCUUAGACUGCUUAUUCAAUGACAUCCAAAAUCUAAAAAGCAAAUUAGAUUUUAAUGUUGAAAUUGAAGACAUAUUCGAAAAAAUAUGUGACGAAUAUUACGAAGAUCUUCAGAAUUUAAAAAGGAAAUUAAAAAAAGAAGAGCCUAAAAUUUCUUUUCGCCCUAACUUUGAAGAAAGAAAAAUAAUAAAAAUUCCAACAUUUUAUGGCGAUAUUAAGGAAUGGGCCAAUUUUUACAACGUGUUUCAAGUUAUGGUACAUGACAACGAGCAGAUGCCGAACAUAGAAAAAAUGCUGCGUCUUCGUCAAUGCUUAAAAGGCGAAGCUGCACGAGUAAUACAGCAUUUUCAAAUUUCGUCGAAAAAUUAUGAAGCUGCAUGGAGUCAACUUAAGAAAAAGUACGACAAUCAGCCAAUUCUGUUCAUCAUACCAAAAUUAUCUACAACUGCGACGAAACUAAUUAAUGCAGUGCAAAAUAUUGAAGACGAAAAACUAAUAACAGUUCGAUCACUCCCUCUAUCUUCUGUUGAGGAAAAAACAACAGAAAUAAUAGAGGAAGAUAAAAAAGAAAAUGAAUUUGAAGAAGAAUUCUUUGAAGAAUUACAUAAACGUUCAAAAACUGAGGAAUCUUACAAUCUCAUAUCUCUUCCGGCAGGCUCACAUUUUGGAAAAAUGUGGGAAAAUGAAGUCCAGGUUAAAUCGUUUGAAGACGAAACUGAAGUAGCUGAUCAUAUUUUGGAAGAUGAUGCUAAAACACAGAAGGAAGAUUUUACUACUUCACAAAAAUACAUAAAGGAAAAAUGCACCGAUGCAGAAGGUGAUAAUACCGGCAGGAAUUCAGCGCCAAAGAAUACAAAAACGGUUGCAGCUUUGAAGGACACAAGAACAUCCAAGGGUGGAUCCAGCAGCAUUAAGGACGAACGCCAAUGGAGCAAGCCCGAUGACGAUAAAUCAAAGAGAAAAGAUGAGAAGUCCGGCGACAAAAAGGAUAAAGACAUUAGUGAACAAAAAUCAUCUUCAAACAAGACUUCGCAGAAGGAUGACAAAGUGAAUACAUCUACAAAAUUGUCGUCCAAAGGAAAGCAGACAAAACCUUCACGUAAUCUUUUGGUAUCGGGGUUAUCUUCAUUAACGAGAGCCAGUGAUCUGAAAACUAUAUUUUCUAAAUAUGGCAAAGUUAUCGGAGCCAAGGUGGUCACCAACUCCCGAACUCCGGGAACACGUUGUUAUGGCUACGUAGCAAUGUCAUCAUCGUCGGAUACCAGUCGAAGUGUCGCCAAAAGACGUGUGGAUACAACAAAAAAAGAUGAAGACAAGAAGAUACGAGACACAACUUCUAAGACGAGAGACGACAAACAAACUAUUGAUACAAAGGACGAUGCAUCAAAGAAACCUGAAGUGGAGAAAGAUAAGCAACGCGAUAAAGAAAUCCUUUUCCAGGACCAUAAUAAAAAAGACGUAAGUAAAACUAUCAAAAUAGCCGAAAUAGAUCCAGUUGGAAAGGCGGAUGUAGUAACAACCAUUUGGGAGUUACUAAUACCAUGGCAGCUUGCGUUAACAAACGAAACGUCGAUUACAAUCUGCGGUUAG